AAAAUAUUAUUCAUAGUUAACCCUGUCUUCAAGAGCACAGCGAACAGCUUUCUUUCCCCUCGGUUUUUUCUAUACAGAACCAGAAAAUCAAAACGCUUUGCAGAUUGUCAGAGUGAGUGAGAAAACCCCAUAAGAAUGGCAAGUUUGACUACUAUAAGCAAUGAAACCCAGUUGCUUAUUCAAAGUAUUUGUGCAUCCGUGAUAAAGGGUAGCUGGAACAAUCUUUUGAGACCCAAAUUUGGCUCUAACGAUUACCAUCUCAUUACAACAACAGCAACAGUUGGUCAGGUACUUUUGCAACUCUCUUUAUAUGACCAAAGUCCUUGUCUUUCAUGGGCUUUCUUUAAAUGGAUUGAAUCUUCUGUUCCUAACUAUAAACACUCAUUACAAUCUUCAUGGACUAUGCUUUAUAUUUUGACAAAGCAUAAGCAUUUCAAGACUGCCCAUGCUUUUCUUGAAAAUAUUGCUUUCAAGGACUUCUUGUCAACUCAAUCUGUUUUGAGUUCAUUGGUGAAAAUUCAUGAUGACCCAGAUGUGAAUUCUCAUGUUUUGAGUUGGCUUGUGAUAGUUUAUGGGAAUUCCAAGAUGACCCACGAGGCUAUUCAGGUUUUUGAGCACAUGAGAGUGAAUGGGUUUAGGCCCCAUUUACAUGCUUGUACUGUGCUAUUGAAUUCGUUGGCUAAGGACAGGUUGACGGAUACAGUGUGGAAAAUUUAUAAGAAGAUGGUUAAACUAGGGGUUGUAUCUAAUAUUCAUGUGUAUAAUGUGUUGCUUCAUGCUUGUUGUAAGUCUGGGGAUGUGGAGAAGGCAGAGAAGGUUUUGAGUGAAAUGGAAUUGAAGUGUGUUUUUCCGGAUCUUUUCACGUACAAUACGUUAAUCUCGUUGUACUGUAAAAAGGGAAUGCAUUAUGAAGCCUUAUGUGCUCAAGAUAGGAUGGAAAUGGCUGGAAUUAGUCCUGACAUUGUUACUUACAAUGCACUUAUUUAUGGGUUUUGUAGAGAAGGUAGAAUGAGAGAGGCUGUGCAGCUUUUUAGGGAUAUCAAGGAUGUUACUCCUAACCAUGUGACUUAUACUAGUUUGAUUGAUGGCUAUUGUAGAGUAAAUGACCUUGAUGAAGCUUUGAGAUUGAAGGAGGUGAUGUCGGAAAAGGGGCUGUAUCCAAAUAUCAUUACUUACAAUUCAAUUCUGCGCAAGUUGUGUGAGGGAGGCAGGUUAAGAGAUGCAAAUGUAAUGUUGAAUGAGAUGAGUGAGAGGAAAAUUGAACCAGAUAAUGUCACUUGUAACACGUUGAUUAAUGCCUACUGCAAGAUAGGUGAUAUGCGAUCUGCUUUAAAAGUGAAGGACAAGAUGGUGGGGGCCGGGUUAAAGCUAGACCAGUUUACUUACAAGGCAUUGAUCCAUGGAUUCUGCAAGGCAAAAGAGAUUGAUAAGGGUAAAGAGCUCUUGUUUGGUAUGAUGGAUGCAGGAUUUUCUCCUAGUUAUUGCACCUACUCAUGGCUUGUAGAUAGUUAUUGCAAGCAACAAAAUGAAGAGGCAGUCAUCAAACUUCCAGAUGAGUUGGUGAGAAGAGGUUUGUGUGUUGAUGUAUCAGUAUACAGGGCGCUAAUAAGGAGGUUUUGUAAAAUAGAAAAGAUUGAUUGUGCUCAAAGAGUACUUGGUCUUAUGAAAGAUAAGGGUAUAUUUGGAGAUAGUGUCGUAUACUCAAGUUUGGCAUACGGUUACUGGAAAGUUGGAAAAUUCAAUGUUACUUCAGAUAUUUUAGAUGAAAUGUACAAGAGAAGGCUGAUGAUCACUCUCAAAAUUUAUAGAUCUUUUAAUGCCUCUUAUGCCAGUGACAGCAGCAUCUUAAGUCUCUUCUGGAAUCAUGUGCUUGAGAGGCGCCUAAUGUCAAAGAACAUAUUAAAAGACAUGCAGUAGACGAUAAAUUUGGGCUCUUAAUGGAAUGUUGGAAUUGACUGCAGUUACCAAUUUGAACUUCAAAUGCCUUGCACUGACUCCUUU